UGCUGUAGAGGCGGAGAACGAGGAGGAGUAAAAGAAAGAGAGAAAGGCAAUAAUGUGCAGACUCUUGACCGGAAUGAACAGUUUCUCACCGAGACAGACGGAGUGAAUGUGGAUUUUAAAAUCGCUGUUCAGUAACCUCUCCCUCGGCGAUUGUUUUCUGCACCCCUGUAAGAUUUAAGGAAUUUGUGAUUAUGGUGAUUAAAGUUUACAUCGCAUCAUCCUCCGGAUCAACAUCGAUCAAGAAACAGCAACAGGAUGUCAUGGGCUUCUUGGCAGCCAAUAAGAUUGAGUUUGAGGAAUGUGACAUUGCAGCUGAUGAAGACAACAGAAAAUGGAUGCGGGAAAAUGUUCCAGAGGAUUUCCGACCAGCCACAGGGAAUCCUUUACCACCUCAGAUCUUCAAUGAAGAGAAAUAUUGUGGGAACUAUGAGGCAUUUUUCUAUGCCCGUGAAGACAAUGCUGUGUAUGCGUUUCUUGGCUUGACUGCGCCCCCAGGUUCAAAGGAAGCAGAAGCUCUGUCUAAGAAAAGCCAGAUGUAAUCUAGAGAAUCCACUCCAGCAAAGCUGCUGAACUCCUGCACUUUCUGAUUUCAGAUGAUUUUCUUUUCUUUUUCUUAUCUGUUAAUUUCUUUCUUUCUUUUACUUAUCUGUUCAUUUCUUUCUUUCUUUUUUUUUCACCCAUUAAAUUAUGUGAUGAGAUGGAAUUAUUUGUACCCUCAAAAGUUAUCUGGCUAUUCAAGUUGAUAAGUUCUAGUCCUCCAAAUAUACGAGCAAAGAUUUUUUAAGAUUUGACAGUUAAGUAGACCUCUAAAUUUAUACUUGAAUGUUCUUGAUUAUUUAUAUGGUUCAAGUUCCAUUCAAUCAAUAUCGAUAUAUUGUAAUGAUAGUUUCCUUUUUUUUGUAGGUUUAAAUUUUCUUUCUUUCUUUCUUUCUUUUUUUUUUACGAAUUGAUUUAUGUGUAUGUUUCAUACUGCAUGUUUUGCCUCAAGUAUCCUUGAUGUCUUAAUAGAGUACUUUCUAUUAUAAAAUAUAACAGGCCUCUUACCUGCAACACCGCUAGUCAUACUUUCAAAUCCUGAUCUCAUGCUUUCAUUACAGUUGUACAUAUUUUCUUUACUAAGAUCAUUGUAACACGUAAUAAGAACAUUUGAUAUUUGAUAUGAAUGUAUACUAUAGUGAAUCUUUUUAGAGCUACAGUAAUUUGGCAGUCUCUACCAUGGUAAGGCCAUUGUUUACAUUAUUACAUGGCUGUAUUGUACAAUGCCUGUAUUUUAUAUAACAGUUAUCUGCCAUCUGUCUCUCUCCAUCUGAUACAUGUCUGAUUUCAGUUUUUACCAUCACUUUGGCACUAAUUUCAGAAUCUUGAUGUGAGAUUUCAAAGCUCUAGACAUAAAACUCAAAACAGUCUUCAGCUGUAACAGGCUGUCUAAUGUUCACAACAUUGCAUUGCGCAUUCAUUUCUUUAAAGAGGCCUUACACUUGCAGAAUCAUUUGUUUAUCAUCAUAAAAUACCAUAAGAACAUUACUGUUUUUCGCAAUUGCUAACAGUUCAUGAAACAAUUCACCAUUUUCUCACGACUAUAAACACAAACUCAGACCUAUACACCAACUUAUAUAAACCUCAAACUGUCACGUCAAAAUCAAAUAUUUUAGACAAAAAUAUAUUAGAAUCAAAAAACAUAAUAGAAUCAAACUUUGGCCUCAAAUGACACACAAAACCUAACAAAUACACAAUAAGUCAUUAUUUUACACCUCAGUGUCUAUUACACUAUACAACAUAAAUGAAAGAGUGCAGAUACAGUAAAAUACAGCAAUGAGCUUUGGGAAAAAAUAAAUUUCAUUACACUACUGUAAAGUGAUCUUACAGUAUAUGACAAGCACUGGAGAAGAAAAUUUAAAAUGCAAAAGAAUUGAAUAUAAACUCGGUAUGCAACACAACACCAUAUACUGUGAAUUACAGCACAGUAAAAAAUACAUGAAUAAAUAAAUUCAGCAUCCUCUGCACCUUCUGCCAAAUUUCAUGACAGAAUACAGUACUAUAGCAGUUUCUUGAAAUUCUGACAAAGGACUUUCUCUACCUCCCUUAGCAAGUUGUCUCUCAGUUCUGCAAAAAUGCAGGGCAUGUAAAAAAUGUGUUAAACGUCUGGAGAAAUGUGUCUUUGUUUUGAGAACUGAAUGAAUGGUUUGGGAAAUUGUGCCAACUGAAUCAGUUACAGUGUGCUCGCAAUCAAGAAAACCUCUAAUUCAUAUCACCCACACACAAGAUACUGAUAGUUGUUUGUACAAUCAUUUAAUAUUGUUGUGCAUUAUAUGUGAUAGAUAUUUCAUAAUGGUACUACACAUAAAUACAUCAUUGUAAAAGAACUAGCAGAGAGAAUAUUAGAGAAUAUUACAGUAUUGAUGAAAAACAAUCAAGUCACAAUAUCCUUGAAUCAAAGAAAAAAUAUUACUAAAUUUUUUUAAUUUUGUACUUAAGUACAAUAAAAAUUCAGCUGCAGUGUUCCUCACAUGGCUUACUUUAAAAAGCAAAAUUGAUAACUGUAAUCUGUUGGUUACACAUACCUACAUCUAUUGAAGCUGUAUCUAUAAAAAAACUAUCGAUGUACCAAAUGAUUGAUUGAUCGAUUAACCUUUAAGAUCAGUUGGAUUAAAUGAUGGACAAAUUAUUAAACUGAACGAGAAGAGAAGAGAUGCAAAUAAAAUGUUUAAUAGAAUUACUGUAGACAUUAAAGACAGUUAGUGUGAAUGAAAAGUAAUAUAGAUGAACCACUUAUUUUCUGCAGUGUAAAGGAUACUUUGUGAUUUUGUACUAACAUAAUUGACAUAAAUAUGCUCAAAUCAAAUUGCAUAUCUGAUUAUCUGUUGUGGUGUGAUUAAGUUUUAAAAUAUUACCACUUGCUUGUGAAAAUAGUACCAAAGUGAUGUAAAACAUCAAUGUCAGUGGAAAAAAAUGAGAAUGGUUUUGCUAUUUUCAGUUAGUUGUCUUUAUAAUUGCAGACUAAUGUAUAGUACACAGAAUACUGCAUACAGAUAAAACAAAAUAUAUAUAUGGUACAAUGCAUAAUAUACAAAAAUAAAUGUUUUAAACUGUAAACGGAUGAUUGAAUCUGAUUACUUGGAUGUAAUCUCUCAUCUUACCUACUGUAGCAUUUUAACUGAAAGACCUGAUGAAAUAUGACAAAGGAACACAAUUAAAUGCAGUGCAUGCUUGAA